GGAGAUUUGAAAACUAAAUUUUCAACUUCUCGUUUUCCGAGAUACUGCGAGAAUAACAAGCAUCAUGGCGACUGCAGACACCAGUUCCAUGCCGUUUUGGAUCAAGUUCUUCACAGACGCUGGCAUUCCUGCCGGAGAGUCCACCAACUAUGCCGUCACAUUCACUGACAACAGAAUGAAGAGUGACAUGCUGUUAGAUCUCAACAAGGAAUACCUCAAUGACAUGGGGAUCACUAUGAUGGGGGAUGUGAUUGCUAUACUCAAGCAUGCUAAAGCUGUCCACACACAGACUGUGCGUGAGAAAGCACUCAAGGGAACAAACACGCCAGUGUCACAGUCCCAGUCUCCAGCAGCAGCAGCAAGGAGGUCCACACCUGCCAGUCGUAUAGUUGACCACUACUUGAAGACAAACAGUGACCCGUGUGCGGCCCCCAUGAAUAGCUCCACCCCACUGCCCAAAGUAUCACAAGACCUGGCGUCACGUUUGGGACCAUCACCUGCUGCAGAGAAGAAAACUUCAAAAUCUUCAGUGUUUGAACGCCUGGGUCAGGACACCUCAAUAUCAACCUCAACAUCAGAGUCUCCCAAAGUGACAGUGACUGGGCUGUCCAAGGUCAUCAUCAAUAAGACCACUACAUCUUCACAACAGGGUUCAUCUGUUUUCAACCGUCUUGGAGGUAAGAAGGCAGUGAAGAGACCAGCUACGUCCACAGUGGAAGACGAUGGAGAAGAAGAUGAACCAGAAUCACCUUUAGCAUAUGCUGGUUUGUUUAAGUAUCCAGGAGCAACAAAGACAGCAAAGAAAAGUGUACCAAAAAAGAAGACAGCUUUGCAAAGGCUAGGACCCGAGAAAGCUGAGGUGUCCACUACCUCUGACUCAGGCACCCUUCACUCCGACAAGUUGACUGCAGAACAACAAAGUGCCAAAAAACGCCUGGGACUAAAACAGACCAAGCCAGUUGCUGCACCAAAGGUGACAGUCUCCACAAAACCAGCAGCUGCUGCUGGCAAAAAAGGAGUACAAGCCAGACUUGGUCCUCAAAAGCCAGAGGUAUCUUCAUCAACUGCAGAAAAAAUUCCUAAGAAGAAAGCUGAGACAAUCUCAAAAACUCUGAACCAGUUCAAAAGAGAAAGCAACCCCAACAGUGGUACCAAAGAAACCGGAGUGUUUAGUAGACUUGGGAAGAAAGUUUGAAAUUAAUGGUUUUCUUUACGGUGAAAAAUUAAGUAAAUUAUUGAGAAGUUACUUCAUUGAGGUAUCCCUCUUUUAAAAGACCCCCUUACCCCCCCCCC